AUGUCAUCUGGAAAUUUAAACAGAAGAGGCCUAUUACUACGGAUGUCUAGGUUGCCACUGGCCGCUACAUAUUUAACUUAUGCAUCACUCGUUGACGUCUAUGUGAUCUUCGUCACCUCUCUCGUUGCUACAGUUCCUCUUAUCUUCUGGGAUGUGGUCAUGUUCGCUGGUGUCCGCACCAAACUCUCGAUUAUUCUUAUAGAGAUAAACCUGCUGCUUGAGCUGAUCUUUCUAGGCCCCUUUCUCUACCUAGACUAUUAUUACUAUAGCUAUAUUGCUCAGAUAGCAAGCAAUGGAGCAUAUUACUACCAUUAUAAUUACUUCGAAGUUGUGGGAGCUGUGCUUUGUUCAUUUAUAUCGUCAAUUGGGUUUGCCUGCUUUUACCUCAACAUUCGCGAAUGUCGGGCCCACUGGGUAUACAAACGAGACUGCCGCAAGAUAAAACCUCUCCUUGCCUUUACCGAGACGGGUAGCCCAGUUGCGGUAUUUCCACCGGCCCAAGACAUCUUGUUACAGAGGCUCUCUGUUGAUUCCUUGCAAGAGGUCCAUGCGAGCCAGAAUGAACAUGAGAUGUAG